AUGGCCUCGGGCGUGUUCGGCGUGGUCACCGCUCUCCUGCUGGUUCUGGGUCUUGCCGACGGCGAGGUGGUCGACGUUGCGCCGGGCAUCUAUGACCAAGAGGUCCCCACCGAACUAAACCACACCAUCACGCUACGGCUGGGGUCCACGGCCGCGGACACGGUGACGGUGGUGCACGCGGGCGUGUGGCUGACCGUCGCCAACUCCUCAACAGUCGCCCUGCAGUGGGGCAAGCUCGUGCUCCAGGGUGCUACGAUUGUGGUGGACGCGGAUGGUGUGCUCAACCAGUUCUCGGACAUGGUCUUCGACAGCGCGCAAGGCCCAAGCGACGCUGCCUGGAGGCAGCGUGGUAAUGUGCUGAUCAGCAACACCACCGUGACAGACACACUGGUGGACUUGGUGGGCGGCGUUUGGCAGCAAUACGGCAACGCCACGCUGGUUUCGACGCACGGGGUCUCGGCUGUGGACAUGUCGGCCGGAGGCCUGUGGAUCCACAUGCUCGACGGGCCUCGCAGGCCCCAUUCCUACCUCACCGUGUCUGGCAGCGCGAGCAGCGGAGUGUACUUGGGCGCUGACGGCUCGUGGGGUCAGUACGGCCUGCUGACCGUUCAGGCCAACAAUCACAGCACCGGAAUACGGUUUGUCGGGGACACCUCCAAACUGUCCCAACAGACAAACAUCAGCAUUACGGCCGGCACCAACGCUACUGGCGUCAUGUGCGCCUCGUCGGGGUCGUGUUGCGCGCAGGUGGGCUCCCCUACGCUUGUCAAGAUCUCCUCCGCCCAGAGCACAGCAGGCCGAGAGAACGACUGCGCGAUAUCGUCGUCCCCGUCGCCCGUGGCAUCGGUGGCGCCUCUGGCUGGCAACACGACGGCCUCGUUCGACGACAGCUCGUCGGCAGUCGCCAUCUCCAGCUCCUCCGCCGGCGCCUCCUCUUCUGUGGUGGGCGUGCAGCUGAGUCUGAGCGGCCUCCAGCUGGGCUUCACCGACCUUCACGGACUGAACGUGACCCGCACCAUCACCAACUCGACCGACCCCAACAACAGCAACGCCACGACCUCCACCUUUGCCUACACGGCCCGCAUCGACGCCGAGACGAGCCUCGUGCAGUCGUACACCUACUAUGCAAGCGCCCGCGCGGUGUCGUUCGCGGGCGUGGACUUCACCGUGCGCGCGGGCAGCGUCAAGUGGUCGUUCAGCCUCACCACCGCCUCGUCGCCCAGCGCAACCGCGAGCGUGGCCGACGCCCAGCGCAACGGCUUCUCGCUCCGCUAUCGCCUCUCCGACCUCGCCUCGUCAUCAUCGUCGUCGGGCGGCCCGAGCCGCAUCACCCGGCGGCGCAACACACCGCACGAGGGCAUGACCACCUUCUUCGUCACUCUCUCGGACAACGAUGUGGUGGCCCAGGUGGAGGUGCUCAACGCGGCGGUCAUCGACGGCGUUGUGACGACGCUCGGCCGCAUCGAGCUCGUGUUCGACAACCUCACCGCCGCCGGCAAUCAAUCGGGCGGUGGCUACUUCCUGGAGCUGGGCUUCCCGCCGUUCGAAAAGUCGGUGGCGUACGACCCGAGCCUGGGCCUGGGCUUGCUGCUGGGCCGCUCGUCGGACGGGUCGCCGUCGUCGUCGACGGACGUGGGCCUGAUCGUGGGCGUGGCGGUGGCCAUCCCGGUGGCCGUCGUCGUGGUGCUCGCCGCCAUUGCCGCCGGCGUCGUGUUGGCCUGGUGGCGCCGGAGGUGGGCCGGCAGCUCGGCCAACAACGACGCCGUCAACUGGACGCUGGACGAAGGCGGAGACCAGCUCUGA